GGGCGGGCUGGGUGUGUGUGGGGGGGUGCGGGCCGAGGGGCACUCUGGGCAACUGGGUUGAAGGCCCAUCUGGGCCGACUUCCCCUCUGCUGUCUCAGGCCCCCCCUACCCCCCAGCCGGCUGCCCCUCUCCGCUCCUGUCCUCGCCACCCGGCUAGGUUCCCGCCUUCCUGCGUCUCUCUCCCGGCUGGUGGCCGUGGGGGGCUGUGGCCGGGGACAUGUUCGGUGCUUGGGAUCGCCGGGACCAGCCCCCUGAAGCGGGGCCAGCGGCAGGGCUCCAGGGGUUCGCGGUGGACAAGACCUUCCUCUCGUCCCUCAAAGGCAUCCUGCUGGAAACUGAGCUGGCCCUGACCUUCAUCAUCUUCAUCUGCUUCACGGCCUCCAUCUCUGCCUACAUGGCGGCAGCGCUGCUGGAGUUCUUCAUCACGCUCGCCUUCCUCUUCCUCUACGCCACCCAGUACCACCAGCGCUUCGACCGGCUCAACUGGCCCUGUCUGGACUUCCUGCGCUGUGUCAGCGCCAUUGUCAUCUUCCUGGUGGUCUCCUUUGCUGCCGUGACCUCCCGGGAUGGAGCUGCCAUCGCAGCUUUUGUUUUUGGCAUCAUCUUGGUUUCUGUUUUUGCCUACGAUGCCUUCAAGAUUUACCGGACAGAGCUGGUGCCUGGGUCCAGCCAAGGGGACCAGCAGUGACCCAGGGCUUACCCGGCUGCCAGGACCCACCAGACACAGCAACAGAGCAGCCCAGACACACUCCUUCGAAUCCACAGCCCUGCCCCACACCCAACCUGGCUGGAGAAGCCCCCGAGACUGUGAGUCGGUUCCCAUGAAGGCUCAGCCAGGCAGGGGACACGUUCUGGAGGAGCCCCUCCUGCACUUCCGACCUGCUGUCAUUAAAAGAUUCAAAUGCUA